CCUGCCGGGGGGAAGAGCUCAUAGCUUUUCCAGGCCUGGAGAGAGGCAAACCCCUGUCUUUACCUUCCUGGGGGUACCGAGAGCCAAUUGGUUCAGCCGCUGACCCUAUGGAGCUGGUCAUGGCCCAGAGGCCUGAAGCCAACUGCACUUAAAGAAUGUCUCGCUACUGAGAAAGCUCCAGGCUGCCCUCCUCCCCGGCCCCGCGGGUCCCCCUGCCUGUUACCCUGUCCAGGUCCCAGAGCCCGUGUAUGGCACCCCUGAGACAACACUGACGCUCCUUACGGUACACCAAGCCCAAAGGCUCCAAGGUGCUCAGGCCAGCUGCCUGGACAGGACUGAUGCCUGAUUGCCCACGGAUAUCAGGUACUGGUCCCCAAGAUCUGUAAACAAGGUCAAACACUCCUGCCCCUGAAGAGAUGGGACGGAAAAAGAAAAAGGUCGCCGAGAGCCCAGAGGAGCCCCUGAACACCGUCCAGAGCAUGGAACCCAUCACCAGCCACCUGUCCCCCUCUAAUAAGGAGACCAUCAUGGUUACUCUCCACGGGGCCACCCACCUACCCACCUGCAAGGAUGGCUCUGAGCCGUGGCCCUACGUGGUCGUGAAAACCACAUCGGAGGACACGAAGAACCAGAAUGCUAAGGCAGUCACAUCUGUGACCUCAGAGCCCACCACAGCCCCCAUCUGGGGGGACACGGUCAAAGUGGAGCUGCAAGCUGAGGAUGCGGGGCGAGAAGAUGUGAUCCUCAAGGUGGUAGACAAUAAAAAGAAAGAGGAACUGUUGUCCUACCAAAUCCCCAUCAAGUACCUACGUGUCUUCCACCCCUACCACUUUGAGCUGGUGAAGGCCGCCCAGUCCGGAAAAGCUGAGGAAGCCACUGCCAAGACCCACCUGUAUGCGACCGUCGUUCGGAAGGGCAGCUUCUUCCCCCGCUACAUCGGCAGCAACCACACAGCUCUGGAGGUCUUUCUCCGGGGAGUCAAUGAGCCCCUGGUCAACAACCGUGACCCCAUGGUGGUCAUUGCCAGGGUGGUUCCCAACUACAAUGAUUUUAAGGUCAACCAGAUAAAGCAGGACGAAGCUUCCGUGGGGCUGCCCAUCACCCGCCUCUCCUUCCCUAACCCAUCCAUGAUGCGCUUCGACGUUCCUCGGGGCAGCCAGAACGGGUGCCCUCAGCUGUCCAAGCCUGGGGGACCCCCUGAGCUGCCCUCGUGGAAUCAGUCCUUCCUCUUCCAAGGUCGAGAUGGAGCCACCAACUUCUCAGAAGACACAGCCCUGGUGCUGGAAUACUACUCCUCGACUUCCAUGAAAGGCGGUGAGCCCUGGACCCUCAGCAAGCCCCUGGGCGUCUCCGUGUUGCCACUGAAGAGCCGUUUGUACCGCAAGAUGCUGGCAGGGAAAGGUCUGAGUGGGCUUCGUGUGGAGAGGCUCCCCAUCACUGACACCAAGCUGAAAACCAUAAAUGGUGAGGCCCCCACAGUGGAUAUCUCCUUCCAGCUGCUUUCCUCUGAGAAUCCAGAAAACUUCUUGACGCCAAACAACAGCCAAGUUCUUCCCAUCCUAGACCCCAAGAUCUUAGAUGAAAAGCUGGGUACCAUCCGUGAAUCCUGGUCCAAGGCCACGGUGAGCUCUACAAUGGAAUCCAGCACAUCUACCGCUCAGGAAGCAGAGGAAGAGCCUCAGUCACCCAAGAUGCCCCAUGAGAUGGAGUUGAACAACUACCGGCGGGCCAUGCAGAAGAUGGCAGAGGACAUCCUGUCCCUGCGGAAACAGACCAGCAUGCUGGAGGCCGAGAACCGCAUGCUGAGGAGCCAGCUGACCCAAGAGGAGGGGGAAGAGGAGCAGGACAACAGCAACGCCCAGAAGCUGGAUGAGGUGUCCAUGAAGCAGAAACUGGUGCUGAGUGAGCUGGACAUGAAGAAAUUGAGGGACAAAGUGCAGUAUUUGCAGAAUGAGCUGAUUCGAAAGAAUGAUCGAGAGAAGGAGCUGCUCCUCCUGCACCAGGCUCAGCAGCCACAGGCCACGCUGCUGAAACGGUACCAGGACAAGCUGCAGAAGAUGAAGGCGCUGGAGGAGACCGUGCGGCACCAGGAGAAGGUGAUCGAGAGGAUGGAGCGGGUGCUGGAGGACAAGCUGCGGGAUUGGAGGGAGCCCCUGCUAAACAGGCCUCAGGGAAAGCCUCCCAUGGCCUUCCCCGUGCUCCCAGCCUCCGGCCUUCCGCUGGGGACCGCAGGAGAGCCCCUGCCUGCCGACCUGUACUCAGCCUUGCUGGCAGAGAACUCCCGGCUGCGGGCAGAGCUGGAGAAGAACCGCCACCAGCCGGCCCCCAUCAUCCUGCAGCAGCAGGCCCUGCCGGAGGACCCCGGGGAGUUGGGAACAGGAGGAGACCUGGCAGAGAGACUGCAAGAGACAGAUGGCCCAGGCCACUCCAAGGGCACAGAGACCUUGCCCGCACAGGAUCUCCUUGCCAGCACUUCGGACAAGUUCAGCCUUCUGGCCAAGCUAGAACGAGCUCAGAGCCGGAUCCUGUCCCUGGAGAGCCAGUUAGAGGACUCGGCUCGACGCUGGGGACGAGAGAAGCAGGACUUGGCCACACGGCUGCAGGAGCAGGAGUACGGCUUGGGGCACCCCUCAAACUCCAUCAUCACUGAUCUGCCCAACUCCCUGGCCCACACCAAGGACCACAGACGACCCUUGAAGCUGGACCCCUUGAUGCCCAGCUCAGACACUAAGCUCAACAAGCCUUCAAACUCCCAGAACACCUGAGUCUUGGCUGAUCUGAGUAGCUGGAGCAGGCCUCCCUCCCUGUGCACUGGAGAGUCUCGUUCCACCCCCCAAAUGACAGUAUUAAAUGGUGUAGGCCAGUGAGCCUUCGCCUCUUUCCUGGAGUAGGGCAGCCUAGGGAGCCCGGCUUCCUCCGUCCAGGUCCCACUCUGAGCCCGGACCCUCUGCUACGGCCCUAUAGCCGCCUGCCUAUCCCAGAAGCUACUAUCUUGGGAGAGCCAAAGGCCCUGGAGGAUCGAGGAGGGUGGGAAGAGAAGAGGCCUCCCAAAGUAAGAGCCCUUCCAGACCUCCAGAGGAAAUGAGACCACCAGAGGCCAGCUCCACUGGGAAAUGUGAGGGAGGCUGCGACUUUCCACUUGCCCCCAAACAUCUCAUAUCUGAAAUCCCUUCUUUCAAGUUUGAUUUAUCUGUUUCCUGGGAAGGGGAAGACUUAAAGCCUGCCUGUGGCAAUCAA